AUGGCCGUGAACGACGGGACACGGGCGUCCACGUCGCGCGUCGUCUGCUGCACGCGGAGACACGCGGGCGGCACGACCGGCAGACAGCUCGAGGUCGUCACGCGGUCUUCGGCUCGCGACGUGGAGACGCUCCUGCUCGACACGAACGUGCGGCGACCGUUUGUGCCGCUCAGUGCCACACGCGGCGAACAUGAGGUCCGGACCGGCGCGCAGCUGCUGGACAAAGACGCGCGUAGACGGUCGAGAAGCGGCCGAGUCGACGCGGAGACGAGCCAUGCGCGGGACGAGAACAUGCUGCGGGGUACGGUGCCUGCAAGUCGGAGCUACGUCCGUGUCGAUGUCGGCCGAGAGCGAGCGGAAGAGCGAGUGGCGGGCGCCCGCAUCGCUGCGAGCUGCUCAAUGGCUGGCAAGUGGGCGGUGGGGCCAACCCCGAACGAGGUGGUGGUGGUGGGCGCGCGAUCUAACGCAGCAACGCAGGAACAUGCAGCAGCGUAG